UUGCCCGGCAGAGGCAGGCGACUUGUACAUGUGGGGCUGGAACGAGUCCGGUCAGCUCGGGCUGCCUUCCAAGGGGGUGGCGGGAAGCCCCGUGGCUGCCAGGGCAGAGGACAAGCGCAGCAGCAGCAGCCGCAGCAGCACCCCACCCCGCGGGCCCCAGGCAGCGCACGAGAGCCCCCCAGCUGCCUUCAUCUCCAUCCAGGCCUUCCCCGCACUGCUGGACAUGCCGGGAGGGGAAGACGUCGGCAAGGUCAGCUGUGGAUCGCGCCACACGGCCGCCCUGACACGAACCGGAGAGCUCUACACCUGGGGCUGGGGCAAAUAUGGGCAGCUGGGCCACAGGGACACCACGGCCACUUUGGACAGGCCCAAGAAAGUCUGCAGCUUUGAGGCCUGGGGCCUUGGGGUGGCGGAUGUUGUAUGUGGCCCGUGGACCACCUUUGCCCUUGCUCUGCCCCUCUGACCCACAAAGGCAGGCAAGGCCCACUGUUCCUCCAGAGGAGCCCUCCGCCUGGACACCGGAAGAUGACAGCAGCCCAUGCGAGCUUCACAUUCCUGCCAACAGGGGCCUUAAUGGACGUGGAAUCAGCCAGAAAACUGCUGUUUUGUUGAAAACCAUUCUUGCUUUAUUUUAUGCAGAGUUAAGCUACAAAACAUGUGUCUAAUAAUUCAUUUUAUUAAUAAAGUCUUUACAGUUCAUCUUUACAGUGGAGGUCC